AUGCCUAAGCGACGCAGCGUAAUGAUCACCGAUGAGGAGCGCGAGGAUCGCGCUGCUCGUAAGCGCCUCCGAACCACCUGGGUUACCGACGCGACCCCCCAGGAAAAGUCUGCGGCCAUCAACCUGGCGGUUGGCAGACUUGGCGGAAAGAAGUAUUCGUGGAUGGAUCAGUCCGCGGGUACUGGAAGUGGUGCGCGGGAUACUACUCCCGAUUCGACUUUUUCCACUGGGGCUGCUUCACCUUGCCUAGAUCUUCCUAUUUCUCCGGCGACAAGUAAUGAAAAAUCUCCGGAGAAGAAUGGAGACGUCGAGGAGUCCGAGGACGGUAAAAAGGAUAAUGAGACGAAGAAAUCCAAGGGCACCAAGGAAACCCCACAAAAACCAAUCGAAGAGGGCACUCUAGAGAAGCCCAUAGAACUGUCCUCUGGGCCACCCAGCCCAAUCGUCAUCUCCUCUCAAGAGGGAAGCCCUGCUCCUAAGAAGGCUCCCCGCGGGAAAACUCCAAGCAAAACCCCUACCAAGAAAGCCGAGGAGAAAAAAGAUGCGAAAAUCACCGCACCAAAGGCAAUUGCGGAGGAGACAGAAGAGGUGGUCUACGAGGACCCCAAGGAGGAGGAAGAGGACCUCCUAAUGUUCCUGGAGUACGCCUGGAACUUCAUCGCCGGUUGA